AAAUAGUAAAAGGUGAGGUAAUUAGUUGAGAAUUAGGCAAUAAAGUUUCAUUUUUAAUUUUAAAGCAACAAAAUACAACAGAUUUUCCAAAAAUAACAGUUUUCUAAUCAAAGAAUGAAUUUCCAAACUCCAAGAAAUGAAAUGGAAGACCUGACUUCCAAGAACAGCAGCAGCAUCCAUUACUUGGAGAUGGAGCGUCAGUCAUGCAGCCCUGCAGGCCUCCUUAAAUGAAGACAUGGUGGUUGGAACUUAGAGUUACAGGUUUGGCACAACAGGAUCUGUCCUGCUUUUUGCUUGUCAAUUUUUUUUUUUUUUUUUUUUGCAGCCUGACUCGCAAAACUGGCUUAAAAGAGCGAAUGGCGAUUUUCUGGCUGCGCAUCCAGUCUGUUCAGCAGGUUAGGUGACAUUCCCAAAUCACUUUUUAAAUCAAUAAUCCACCAAUAAUGCACGGUUCUAUCUUUAUUUGCAAUUAUAAUUUAAUAAAAUGAUACAAAUCUACAAGAAAUGCAAUAAAAACCGCAGCACCGACGGAAUUACUUUAAGCUGAGGGGAAGAAAAAAGAAACAUCCGGGAUGAGAAGAGAAGAGAAGAGAAGCGGUCUCUUUUCGGGUGUCUGUGUCCCCAUCAGAAACGGUAAUCCGUCCCACCGUGCGGGCUAAACGGCGCGUUUAUUUCGGUGCGCGCACAUCCUCGUUCGUGCGCCGCACGCGUGUUUCUGCGCUCUUGUUGUUGAUACGCGCUGUCAGCUGAGCAAAGAGUACAGCCUGCUGCGGAACAGCCUGUUCCCGGCCUGGCACGGAACGGGUUACAGGUCAGGGUGUCUAUUGGAACACAGUGUUCUCAUCAGCAGCGGUACAGCUACAGUACAGCCGGAACAUUGUGUUACUUUGUGGCUGCUUUCCAAGACCUGCCCUUAAUUUUACACUAAGCGCCCUCCCACAACUCUCUUCUCGUUUCUGCCGCCCUCCCUCCACUCUGUCUGUCGUUUUUUUUUUCUUUCUGUAUUUCUCUACCUCUCCACAGUGUCUCCCCCGGUGUCAUUUUGAAGUCAGCGCUCCAUGUGGCUGCUCCACCGGCACGCGCACCAGUGAGGAAAGGAAAGGAACGGCGAGGGGGGGUGGGAUAAAGGCUCUCCAACCAUCACAUGGGCAAAACGCUCAGCUGUGAAGAAGACAUCCAACAUUCGCACCUGGAGUGGAGGCAGAGAUGUUUUUGUGAGCGGAUCACGCGCAGAUUCUUGCUGUUUGAUGCCCAAGCGCACACAUGACUACCGAUCGGGAUUCGCCCAUGGACGGCCCGGUAACCACGGCUGUGUUUGCUGCUAAGGGCGUCGAUUUAACGCCAAAUAAAGACCAAGGAGUUAUCAAGGUGGUGCAGUGUCCAGGGUUUGAUGUGGACCGUCCGAUGAUUGGGGACAGAGUCACUGUCCAUUACACUGGAAAACUGCUGACUGGGAAGAAAUUUGACUGCAGUCGGGAGCGUAAAGAACCAUUCUGCUUCAAUGUGGGCAAAGGACAAGUCCUGAAGUCCUGGGAUAUCGGAGUGCUGUCCAUGCAGAGAGGAGAGGUGUGCACUCUGCUCUGUAAACCGGAAUAUGCGUACGGAUCCGCUGGAAAUCCCGACAAAAUUCCCCCCAACUCCUGUGUAGUUUUUGAGAUGGAGCUGCUCGGCUUUGAGGGGGAAUCGCUGACAGAUGACGGCGGCAUUGUGAGGAGAAUAAAGAUCAAAGGGGACGGUUACAGUCAGCCCAACGAUGGCGCAAGUGUCGAUGUGUACCUGGAGGGACGUUGUGAUGGACGCCUGUUUGACAGCAGAAACGUCAGCUUUAUUGUCGGUGAGGCUGAAGACAAAGGCAUUCCUCUGGGAGUGGACAGAGCCAUGGACAAAAUGCAAAAAGGAGAGUGCUGUUUACUUUACUUGAAACCAAAGUAUGGCUUUGGAAGCAAUGGUAAACCAGAAUACAAAGUUGGACCAGACAGAGACAUUGUGUAUGAAGUAACCCUCAAAGACUUUAGAAGGGCUAAAGAAUCCUGGGAAAUGGACUUGAACGAAAAGGUGGAUUUAGCUCCUGGAGUUAAAAGUAAAGGGAACCAGUAUUUUAAGACGGGACAAUAUCAGCAGGCAGUCAUCCAGUAUCAGCGCAUCAUUUCCUGGUUGGAGAUGGAGUGCGGGACGGGAAUAGAGCAACACAAAAGGAUACAGGAAUAUGUAGUGACAGCCCACCUGAAUUUGGCCCUGUGUUUCCUGCGGCUGAAAGAGUUCUCCCAUGUGGUGGAUAACUGCAACAAGGUUCUUGAGCUGGAUGAAAACAACGAGAAGGCUUUUUUCCGCCGCGGGGAAGCCAGGCUCCACCGCAACGAGUUCAGCAUCGCCAAGGAGGACUUUCAGAAAGUGCUACAAGUCAACCCCGCAAAUCAAGCAGCUCGCACUCAGAUAAUCAUCUGCCAGAACAAGAUCAAGGAACACCAUGAACAGGACAAAAAGAUCUAUGCCAACAUGUUCCAAAAGUUUGCAGAGCAGGAUGCCAAGACUGGAAAGACAAAGAGGAGGCGGGACGACAUCGUGAGGACCACCAUGAACGGGGAAGUGGGCAUUAAACGACGGCGGAGGAGUCAGGACGCUCGAUUGUAGCCCUGACGUUUGAAAAGGGAGAAGAGAACCCCUCCUGUCAUGAGAACAGAGGCAGGAAUGAAGUUCUAUCAAAGCCUCUAAUCCAAACCCUUUUUAUCCCAAAAUCCAGCGUGACCAUUCCUGCAAACAAAGCAAAGUGCAAGCAGGGAAGUUUCCAAGCCAAACAGCAUUACUCUGUCAACUGUUGAUUUGGCAGAGUUUUCGUCCCGGUAGAGACACCCCCUUAUUUUGUUUACUCCUUUGGCCCAGGAUUUUAUUUAAAAAAUAUUUAAUUUCUUUUAUAACACUGAGGAAUACCUUUUUGUUUUUUUGUCAUUAGGCUGCUGUGUAGAGUUGACAUGUGCCUAAACAGUUUCUCGCUUAUUCCAAGACCAGACUGGCUGGCCUCAGACCUCUGACUUGUAUUUGGUAUCAAGCCUUUUUGGAGGCAGCUGCAUGCAUGUUUCAGGCGGUAUUUGGGAUCCAGACUUGAAACUUUGCUAAUUCUUAACGUGCAAUAUGUAUUUUGGGUAAAAGGUGUCUUAUUAGCUUAGAGGCGUCCAAUCAAAGAAAAAAAAAAAUUAGACAUUACUGUUUACAGACAGAAAAGCGAUCUGUUGGCAACAAUCUCCCGUCGAGCCCGUCUGAGUGGAGUUUGCAUGUUCUCCCCCAGCCUUCCUGGAUUUUUUUCCAGGUAUUCCAGCUUCCUCCUCCCAUGUUAAGACAUGAGUGGCUGUUUGGUUGCCCAAAUAUGACCUAUCCAGGACGUCUCCUGCCUCGUUGCCCUUUAAAAGACGGAAACCAAUUGGACUAACCGAUUGGAGGGAGUUACUUUUCUUUUGCAUUCUGGAAAUGCAAAAGAAGAUUACAAAUCAAGUGGCACCAAAAGUGCCAUAUUUAUUACUGUUCUAAAUUUCUAGAAAAUAAGAGGAAAAGUUGGAAAAAGCACAAAUUACAAACAUCAAACUGAGAUAAAUUCCCAGCUUGUUGUAAUUUGAAACUGUAGAUCUUUAUUUUUUUAAAGGCGUCUACAGCGGAACUUAAACUGUGGUGUGGAGUGGUUUCCUUCCAGAGAUGCAAUGCAAAUUGAAGACUUUGUUUCCCCAACAUGACAAUGAUCAUGCACUUAAAGAAUGUAUUGCAUUCUUCUCUAUUGUAUCUACUCAACAUAUCAAGAGUUUUACUUGUAAAAAAAAACAAAAAAAACAAAAAAAAAAAUCGCCGGUGUGGUACUGUAGGUGAACAAACGUAAAAUGUUGAUAAACGGAGAAACUCUGUGAGCUGAUUACAUUUCGAGUUGUUGGCAGCUGAAAAUAUUUUAAUAGAAAAAAAAGAAAAGUUGUUUUUCUUCCACAGCUGCAAAAAAAAA